UCGAUUCAUCAAUUUAAGCACUCUAUUAUUCAACAAUGUGGCACAGUGUCAGACGCGGGCAAUAAUGUAAUUGCAGCACUGGACUCUGAUGAUCUUGGUCCUGUGUCCUUGCACACAAAGAUUGCAUACAAAGAUUCUUUUUUAUCUCUUCUCACUGAAGUGAACUCACACAAACACUUUGUCUUUAACUCACUUUCUUACAAUGUGUGUGUGUGCUUUUGAGUAAUGCUUGGAUAUGAAACCACAAAAGUUCAACACCUUAACUUUGAAAGGACAAUUGGGCUAGGUAGUGCGUGAACUUCAAUGGCGGUGACAGAUGCUCAAAAUCCUCUUCUUGCUGAACAUACUUGUGGUUCCUUGUUAAAUAAGUUGCAGGAAAUAUGGGAUGAGGUUGGUGAGAGCGACGAGGAGCGAGAUAAGAUGCUCCUUCAGAUAGAGCAAGAAUGCUUGGAUGUGUACAAAAGAAAGGUUGAGCAGGCUGAUAAUUCUAGGGCACAUCUACUUCAAUCCUUGUCUGAUGCUAAGAUUGAGCUUUCUAGUCUUCUAUUGGCUCUUGGUGAAAACAACUUCAUGGAAAUGCCUGACAAGACUUCAGGGACUAUUAAGGAACAACUUGAAUCCAUAGCACCAAUACUGGAACAGUUAUGGCAACAAAAAGAGGAGAGAAUAAAAGAGUUUUCAGAUGUACAGUUACAGAUCCAAAAAAUAUGUGCAGAGAUAACUGGGGACUUGAACCCUGAGCAGGCAGGAACAUUUGCAGUUGACGAGUCUGACCUGUCCUUGAAGAAGUUGGAUGAAUAUCAAUCCCAACUCCAAGAACUUCAAAGGGAAAAGAGUGAGAGGUUGCACAAGGUUCUUGAAUAUGUGAGUACUGUGCAUGAUCUUUGUGCUGUCCUUGGCAUGGACUUCUUCAGCAUUGCCACUGAAGUUCAUCCAAGCUUAAAUGAGUCUAUUGGUGUUCAUUCCAAAAGCAUAAGCAAUGGCACACUAGCUAAACUGGUUAAGACAGUCUCAACAUUGAAAGAAGAUAAAAAGCAGAGGCUACACAAGCUCCAAGAAUUAGCUUCUCAGUUAAUUGAUCUGUGGAAUCUAAUGGACACCCCUACAGAGGAAAGGAGACUAUUUGACUAUGUUACUUGUAAUAAGUCAACUUCGGUGGAUGAAGUCACUGUUCCUGGUGCCCUUGCUCUGGAUCUGAUUAAUCAUGCUGAAGUGGAAGUUGAAAGGCUUGAUCAGCAGAAAGCUAGCAGGAUGAAAGAAAUUGCUCUCAAGAAGCAAGACGAGCUUGAAGAGAUAUAUGCCUGUGCUCAUAUCGAAAUAGACCCUGAAGCUGUUCGAGGGAAGAUUUUGUCACUGAUUGAAUCUGGAAACACUGAACCAGCUGAACUACUGGCUGACAUGGACAAACAGAUAGCUGCAGCGAAAGAAGAAGCUUUAAGCCGAAAAGACAUAUUGGACAAGGUUGAGAAAUGGAUGUCAGCAUGUGAAGAAGAGAGUUGGCUUGAUGACUAUAAUAGGGAUGAAAACAGGUAUAAUGCAAGUAGAGGUGCACACUUAAACCUCAAACGUGCAGAGAAAGCUCGGAUAUUGGUGAACAAAAUUCCAGCUUUGGUUGAUACAUUGGUUGCUAAAACUCGUGCUUGGGAAGAAGUACAUGACAUGUCAUUUACAUACGAUGGUGUUCCUCUUCUUGCUAUGUUGGAUGAAUAUGCUAUGCUCAGGCAUGAACGGGAAGAGGAAAAACGAAGGAUGAGGGACCAGAAAAGGUACCAUGAGCAGCAAAGCACAGAACAAGAAUCUGUGUUUGGUUCAAGACCUAGCCCUGCAAGGCCACUUGGCAACAAGAAGGUAGUUGGCCCUCGUCCCAAUGGUACUCCUAACCGACGGCUAUCUCUUAAUGCUCACCAAAAUGGAAGCAGAUCCAUAACAAAAGAUGGAAAACGGGAUAAUACUAGACCAGUUGCUACCCUUAACUAUGUAUCAGUAUCAAAAGAAGAUGCUGCUUCCCAUGUUUCUGGUACUGAACCAGUACCAACAUCACCCUAGUGAAAUAUGUACUUUCAACACCAUAAUAUGAUGUUUGUAUCAUUGUCACGUUACUAGUUAUAGCUGUAUGAAUAUGCUAUGUUAUUGACAGGUAAGUGGAGAGGAACUGUUCUGAAAUGUGCAUCUUAUAUGUGCCAUAUAGAGGUUUUUUGAACACGUUGCUUUAUCAUUUGAAUUGACGCAUUUUCAUAUGAAAGGAAUGCAAACAUGAUGGUAGGUAUAGUCUUGCCUUUUGAA